UUGGGAUUUUGUGACCAGAGAAUAAACCUGAUCGGGACUCUAGCGGGCUAGAUUUUCAGAAACCAAACAUUAAGAGUUUAGCCAACAACACGCCAAUCUAUAAACCUCGUAUUAUCCAGGAGGUGACGGUUUCCGAUGACGUCAUUUAUCGGGACAACAUCCCUCGUUCCAAGGAUAUCAGUACAGUCUGAACAGUCUGAACUGAUUUGGAGGAACGGUCUUUAAGUGUUUAGCUGUUUUCUCGAAUCAAUUCGUCGUAGAGAAAUAUUAUAUUCAGAGCAUUAUAACACGGAAAAUAAAUAUGUUAUAAUCAUUUGUGGUGAAGAACUAACGUUUGUAAGAAAAAGAAAAAAAUACAAAGCAUCUCGUGGAUACGCAACAAGCGUCAAUGCGCGAGAUACACAUCGAUUUCACCGGGAAAACAUGAGUGACGGAAAGAAUACAGUGAACAAUGUAAGCUCCAUGGAUAGUAAUGGGCUUCGAGUGCAAUAUCAAUAUUUUUUUAGGACAGAUGUACGACGGAAAACAAAGGACAUGGCACACCUGUAGAUAUGAAAUGCCGGACUAGUGGAAAUUGAAGAGUAGAAAAUAAUAAGCAGAAGGCUGUAGUGCAGAAGCUAGAGAAAGAAUUGAUCAGUACUUAGUACCAUACCACGCAGGAGUAAAUAAGGAUAAUGAGUCACGCUCAGCAGCAUGUACUUGCAAGCGCAAUAGUUUUGGCUCUAAUAGUGGUUGUUGGUAUCCAUGUCUUCCUGUUUCCCAUGUACACAUCCAACCCACCAGCACGCCAUGUAAAGAUUUCAACGUAUGAACAAGCUCUUUGUCGUACCACGUUAAAGAAUAUCAGAGUACCACCGGAAUGGAGAAACCCUUGUCCUAAAUAUGGAAUAGUUUCUGCUGUCCAAGGUGGUAGGCUUGGAAAUCAAAUUUGGGAAUAUGCUUCUGUAUGGGCUACUGCUAGAAGAACUGGUUUAGAGCCAUUCAUGCCACGUUGCAUAUUGAAAACUCUUGAGGAAUACUUUGAAAAUCUUAGCAUUCCACCGCUCAGUUACAUUGGAUGGUGCAGUUUAGAUGUUAGUCAAGUUGUUAAUUCUCUUGGGCAAUGGAACAGCACAGAGCAAAACAUUAUCAUACCGAGACAUGCAGCUUACUGGUCUCUAAUCUUGGUGUGGUUGGAUGAUGUACGAAGAGAAUUUACAUUUAAGCCAAAUUUAAGAGCUUACGCAGAAAGGGUAUUGAAAGAAGUAGCAGAAGAAUUUUAUUUGUCUGAACCAACAUUUGUAAGCAUACAUGUACGAAGAACCGAUUAUGUAGACUAUCUAUGGCAGAAGUUGAAAAUUAGGCCAGCACCUGUUAGCUAUUAUUUUGCAGCAAUGGAUUACUUCGUCGGCAAGUAUAAUAAUGUAGUAUUUGUAGUAACUAGUGAUAAUAUAGUUUGGUGUAAGUAUAAUUUAUAUAGUAAACGACAUAGAAUCAAAUUCGUAUCCGAUGUGGAUGCAAAAGGUCCGGGCAAAGAUCUUGCAGUUUUAUCAGCAUGUAAUCACAGUAUUAUAGACUAUGGUACAUACGGUUCGUUUGGCGCUAUCUUGGCCGCGGGUGAAACUGUAGUAUACAAUGUAACGACAUACUUUUCGACGUUGAUUGCCGAAGUUUUGCCAAACUGGAGAAUAAUGAGUUAAACAAAAAUCAAAAAGAGAGAAAACACAUUUUAUAUAUACUUUAUUCAAAAUAUUUUUUAUACCAAAUCAAACAAUGAUUUUGUUCAAUUUUCGAACGCGAGAAUUAUAUUCACUAUUACUUCAAAAUUAAAACUGCUCAACAAUUAAAUUUUUUAUACUAUCUUUUAUUAGAAAAAAACAUUCAUUUAUUACUAACUUUUGCAAAAUUAACGUUUCUUAAAAUAUUUUAUUUGUUAUUUCGAUAUACACACAGUACAUCAUUAAGAUGUUUAUUAUGUCGUUAUAUCUCUUCAAAAAUUGUUAAAACAGAAAAAAAAACUAAAUGAAAGUGUAGCAUUAUAAUCACAAAAUUUAUAUCAAAAUAAUAUAAGUAUGAUGCUGAUAAAUUGCUUAGAAACAGUGUGCAUAAGUUUUCACUCGAUUAUAGCACUGUUAGAUAAAAUUUAUAAACCAGUGCACCUUUGAUGGUAGUAAGAGAAUUAAAAUAUUUUAAAGAGUAUAUAAAAACCUAAUAUAGUAGAAGAAUACAACGGAACAAUGGACCACUAAUGUCUAAAAUUAAAACAGAUGCUUAUUUUUUUUACUACUGUAAUUCGUAUUCAUGAGGCCAAGAAAAACUGAAUAGAUUCGAUAUUCUUUUAACAUAAUGAACCAAUGAACUGAGCCUAAUUUAAAAAUUCACAAGAAAGCUUUACAGUGGUCGGAAUUAAAUACGAAAAUCUUUUGAUGGGCAUAUUAUUUUUAAAAUCAUGAUUACACAAUAAUCGGGAAACAAAAAUAGUUAAAUUAAAAUGUAUUAUUAUACGUUGAAUUCGUCUUUCAUAUAAAGUUACAAUCGAACUUGCAGAUAUAGAAAAGAAAUAUAGUAACAACCUAUAUAACUCUUAUAAUGUACAAUGAUUUUAACUGUGAUUCUAUUUCUUAUUGUGCCAAAUUCUUAAUAUACAUAUAAAAAAAGAAUAUAUAUAUAUGAAUAUAAUAAACAUAUAUGUGUGUACGAAUAAUACACAAUUUAUACGCGUGUAUACAGUAUCGAACAUGGUAGGCUUCUCUAGAGAAAAUGCCAUUACAGGAGAAGCAGAAAUUCUCAAAACCCCAAUUUUGACGAUAUUAAUAUUUAAAGUUAUUUAGAAAACAAAAUUAUGUAAUAUUUAAUUGUUAAAUAUAAUAAAAUUUGAUAUAUAACUGAAAAGUAUGAAUAACAAAGUAAAUACUAAUUCAAAUUUUCCCGCGUGGGGGAAUGCUCGUGGGCCGUCACAGGUCUAUAUAUACAAGGCCCCCCACUAUACAAUGUCAGUCUCCUCGGAACCGUCCGAGAGGAUGGCCGAGAUCCUGGAGAAGGAGAUCCUUACGGUAAGGCCCAUCCACCCCGGAAAUUCACGGGGGAGGGGGUAUCGCCAUUUUUCGUGGGUAAGCCUACUGCUCGAUGCUGUACACACACAUAUAUAAUAAAAUUGUAUCUAUACAAGGUAUUAUAUAAUGUUUUCAAACUUUAAAAAAAUAAGUUAUUUCCUCAAA